AUGUCCAUUAAAAAUAGAUUCUCGGAGAUCAUGUUUAUGCAAAAAACCUUAAACCCGCGCGGGGGGUUUGUAAUAAGUCCGAGACCAUUUGUUCUACCGGAUAAGAGAAAUCGGGCAAUUAUCGAUUCGAAACAAGCCGAUAUUUUAAUAAAGUAUCUCGAAAAAAAUCCAAAUUUAGAAUUAGAUUUUUCUGACAAGUAUGGAUAUAUGGAAUAUAAACCAUUUUCUGUAGUUCCUUCGGCAUUUUCAAGUUGGGGGUUAACUGAAGAGUUAAAUAUUAAGCCUGAAAUUUCUGCUCCAGGACAACUUAUGCUUUCAUCUUUCCCAGUCAAUUUAUCACCUUACGUGGUAAUGUCUGGAACAAGUUUUUCUUCACCGUAUAUCGCAGGCAUAGCGGCAUUGUAUAUUGAAUCAUUUGGAAAACAGUCUUUUGAUCAACUAAAAAUCGCAUUUAUGAAUUAUGCUGUACCACGUAAAGAUCGUAACCAUUUACUAGCCCCGGUAAUCAUUCAAGGCGCAGGACUCGUUGACGCGUUUAAUAUGUUGAAAGCAACCAGCUUUGUCUAUCCUCCAAAAAUUAAUUUGAAUGACACUGUUCAUUUUAAUGGAAGUCACAAAUUAAAUAUUUAUAAUAGUGGAAGAAAAGAGAUGAAAUAUAAGUUAUCGCAUAUUCCAGCUCCAAGCAUUAACGGAUACAAUAACACUUCGCCAAGAAAUUAUAUAAACUUGGAAUAUUUUACAAAACAAAAUCAAUACGCUAACGUUCAAUUUGAUAAUGAUCAAAUAGCCGUACCACCUCGAUCAAGUGUUGAAGUUUCUGUAACAUUUAUAUCACCAAGAGAACUACCCAUGGAUGGACAUUUUUUUUAUAGUGGAUGGUUAGAAAUAGCUCCUUUGGAUGAGAACAUGUCCAUAAUGACAGUUCCUUAUGCCGGGUUAGCUGAUGAUGCAAGAUCUCUUCCAUUAUUUCAGACACCCACCUUUCCUGCACUUGUUAGUUUGUUUGCCAAUAAGACAAUUGCUCGUAUCAAAGAAGAGGAUCCAAUUAAAACAUUCACCUUAAAACUUCUUAAUGAAACCAUCGGAUUAUAUGAUUAUCCAUCGGUAGUUCUUAAUCUUGCAACUCCGACACAAAUGAUUAUUACCGAAAUACUUGAUGACAAACAAAGUCUUUUAGGAUGGGUUAAAAAUUUUACUGGAAUUGAAUCUAAAAAACUUCAAAUAGAACGAGUUUCAUGGGAUGGACUUAUUUAUAAUAAAGAAGAAUUCGGUAUCCCCGCUCCUAAUGGAAAUUAUUUUUUAAGAAUUAAAGCAUUAAAAAUGUUUGGUGAUAUUAAUAACAAAAAAGAUUAUGAAUCUUGGGUUAGUAUUAAAUUUGCAAUUAAGAGAAAAGCAUGA